AUGGGAACUGUCUGGACAGCUAUUUCUCUGAUGAAGCCAGGGUGCUACAUGGCAUCAAUUGACCUCAAAGAUGCCUACUACUGUGUUCCUGUUGAUCAAGAACACCAGAAAUAUCUAAAAUUUAUGUGGAAAGGCACCCUGUACCAAUAUACUUGUUACCCAAAUGGGUUAGCCUGCUGUCCCAGAAAAUUUACCAAACUAAUGAAGCCAGUAUAUUGCACCCUCAGGCAGGCAGGCAGGCAGGCAGGCCAUUUGUCAGUGGGGUACAUUGAUGAUUCGUACCUCCAAGGGAAUGAUUAUGAUCAAUGUCUUGAAAACAUCAAAGAUACAAUAACAUUGUUUAGCAAAUUGGGGCUAGUCACUCACCCAGACAAAUCAAUACUACAACCCACACAACAAAUUGUAUUUUGGGGUUUUCAGCUCAAUUCCCUUACUAUGACAGUUUCUCUUACACCUGAGAAAGCUUGUAAAGUGAAAGAUGCUUGUGCAAAUUUGUUGAUAAAUGCUUCACCCACUAUACGAGAGGUAUCCCAAGUGUUAGGGUUAUUAACCUCAAGUAUGCCUGGGGUAAUGCAUGGGCUGGCUGGAUAUGGAUAAAUCACAGGCACUACACUUCAACAAGGGGGACUUUGAUAAAAUUAUGGUGUUAUCCCCUCAAGCAAAGGCAGACCUAAAAUGGUGGGCUGACUCCAUAGAAACUGCCUACAAUGUUGUGAGUCAUGGGGAGCCUGUCCUUACCCUGGCUACAGAUGCAUCCAAAAUAGGGUGAGGGUGCACAACACAAGAUACUCCCACUGGAGGCCAUUGGACUCCAGAAGAGGCUUCAAAUCACAUUAAUUAUUUAGAAAUCAAAGCGGUCUUGCUUGGUUUACAGUCAUUCGACAAAGUCGUUGGCGGCAAGCAUGUCAAAGUUCUUGUCGACAAUACCACUGCUGUGUCAUGUAUAAAUCAAAUGGGUACAUGCCAUUCUAAGGAUUUAAAUUGCUUAGUUAUCAGUAUCUGGGAGUGGUGCAUAAUUCAUAGUGUCUGGCUAACUGUUGCCCACAUUCCUGUUACUGAGAAUGUGAUUGCUGACCAAGAAUCUAGAAAAAUCAGAUCCGAAACAGAAUGGGCUUUAGAUUUACGUACCUUCCAAAGGGCAGUAAAAGAGUGUGGAUUCACACCAAAUAUAGACUUGUUUGCUUCCCGCUUAAAUACCAAGUGCACAAAAUAUGUCUCAUACCGUCCCAACCCUGGGGCACAGGCAGUCAAUGCCUUCACAAUUCCUUGGGGUAACCUUCAGUUCUAUGCCUUUUCCCCGUUUAGUAUUAUCCUGAAAGUCUUGCAUAAGGUGAAUUGUGAGAUAGCCACAGGACUCAUAGUUGUGCCCCACUGGCCGACACAGUCUUGGUGGCCUUACUUAACAGAUAUGCUCAUUGCAAAACCCAUUAUUUUACCUAGAAAACCAGACCUUUUGUACCUACCGUCAGAGCCUCAAAGGAUUCAUCCACUCAGCAAGACAAUCAGACUUCUACUAUGCAAAGUGUCAGGUGAUUACUCAAGGGUCAAGGACUUUCGGACUCAGCUACAUGUAUCAUACUACAGUCCUGGAGAGAUGGUACUAGGAAACAGUAUACAACAUACCUGCGACAGUGGGAACAGUACUGUCAUCAGUGGGAGAUUGAUACCUUUUCAGCAACUGUGA